GGUUGGUGGGGGAGUGAAUUGAGAUUGAGAAGCACUGGGUUAAAGUGACAGCACCUCUGCACUGCAAUGACGCUUCCCGCUUAUUAAAAAAAAAGUACACUAGAUUGUGGAGGGACUGUACAUCAAUACAGACUCAAAUUUGUUACCUUUUUGGAUGCUAGUGUGCCACAGGAUUUUUUUCAUGGAAAAAGUGUACCUUGGCUCAAAAAAGGUUGAAAAACACUGGUUUAGACCAGUACAUCCUUGACCGAGGAAAACCAAAAAUGCUUGUGUUCUCCAGUAUCAAUAAACUGCUCCAGUUAAGACCCAUCUAGUUUGAGGACAUGGUCUGGAUUUAUACUGUGUGCUUUGUUUAGAAAUAUUGUCCAAAGGUAUUAAUCAAAAAACUUUCUGAAGUCUUUGAUGGGAAACCUUGCUGAGUCCACUUCAGGAAAAGCAAUUCAAGUCAUGAGUUAUAGCUGUUAUAAUCAGAGUUGAGUUUAAAGUCGUAAAAUUAAUAGCUUAUGUCUAUGUCCUGCAACUCAAAUCUACACCUGUAGACUUAGACAUUCCCAUGAUCCCGAAAAUGAUUUAGAGGAUUUAGGAAAUGGACGGUACGACUGAUGGACUUCUAAAGUUUCAAAUGUAUUUGAUAAUAACACAAAAAACAUUAACAGGUCUCAGACUUUCUUGUGUUUGUGUCCCUGCAGUCCUCCCCCAGCAUUGGUUGAUAAAAGAUGAAGAUAUCUGCAACCAGCAGAGGAACUUCAGAGUGGAACAGAAUGAUCCAGAACCUACACAGACAAAAGAGGAACUGGGGGAACCAGAACUUCAACAGAUAAAAGAGGAGCAGGAAGAACAAGAACCUCAACAGACUAAGGAGGAGCAGGAGGAACCACAAACUAUACAGAUUAAAGAAAGUUAUACCCUGAUGGAGAUUUCUACUUUUGAGGGACAUGUUUUUACAGAAUCAGAUGGAAACAAUCAGCAGAGCUUUACUGUAACUGAUAGUCAGGAUGAAGAAGGAAACCAACAUAAAGAAUCAACAUCAACUCCAGAUGAAGAGACAGAGCCACAGAACAGAGAUCAGAGGAAGAGAAGAGACAGAAGUCAUGUCCAAAGUGUGGCCAGCUCUCACAUGUCAGAAAGUCAGUGUGACUCUGAUGUUAGUAAAAAGUUCAGGAAAGCAACUUUGGUUAAGACAACCAAACAAUCCCAUAAAGAAAAGAGACUUUCGCAUAUCAAGUCUGGUAAAGGAACAAGAACUGCUCAUAAGAUGUCUGCCCAUAUGGAAACUAAGUCUGAUGAAGGAGCUUAUGUCUGUAAAGAAUGUGGUAAAAAUUUUGGCUCGUGGUUCAAAUUUAGAACUCACAUUACAACUCACCCAAGAGAGAAGACUUUUUCUUGUAAAGAAUGUGAUAAACAUUUUAGCCAUUUAUCUUAUCUCAAAACACACAUGAGAACUCACAGGGGAGAGAAACCUCUCUGUGGUAAAGAAUGUGAUAGGAGUACUAAUCAAAGAACUUCCCUCAAAGCACACAUGAGAACUCGUAUAACAGAGAAGCUUUUUACUUGUAAAGAAUGUGACAGAAGUUUUAGUCGAGUUUUUAAUCUGAAAAAACACAUGAUGAUUCAUACAGGAGAGAAGCCUUUUACGUGUAAAGAAUGUGACAGAAGUUUUAGUCAAAUUUAUAAUCUCAAAAAACACAUGAGAACUCAUACAGGAGAGAAGCCUUUUACGUGUAAAGAAUGUAACAGAAGUUUUAGUCAAAUGUCUGCUCUCAAAACACACAUGACAACUCAUACAGGAGAGAAGCCUUUUACGUGUCAAGAAUGUGACAGAAGUUUUAGUCGAGUUUCUUAUCUCAAAAAACACAUGAUCAUUCAUACAGGAGAGAAGCCUUUUACGUGUAAAGAAUGUGACAGAAGUUUUAGUCAAAUAUCUACUCUCAUAUCACACAUAAGAACUCAUACAGGAGAGAAGCCUUUUCCAUGUCAAGAAUGUGACAGAAGUUUUUGUCGAGUUUCUGCUCUCAAACAACACAUGAGAACUCAUACAGGAGAGAAGCCUUUUACGUGUAAAGAAUGUGACAGAAGUUUUACUCAAGUUUCUAGUCUCAAAACACACAUGACAACUCAUACAGUAGAGAAGCCUUUUACAUGUAAAGAAUGUGACAAAAGUUUUAGUCAAAUUUAUACUCUCAAAACACACAUGAGAAUUCAUACAGGAGAGAAGCCUUUUACGUGUAAAGAAUGUGACAGAAGUUUUAGUCAAAUAUCUACUCUCAAAACACACAUGACAACUCAUACAGGAGAGAAGCCUUUUACGUGUCAAGAAUGUGACAGAAGUUUUAGUCACAUAUCUACUCUUAAAACACACAUGAUAACUCAUACAGGGGAGAAGCCUUUUACAUGCAAAGAAUGUGACAGAAGUUUUAGUCGAAUAUCUUCUCUCAAAACACACAUGAAAACUCAUACAGGAGAGAAGCCUUUCACAUGCAAAGAAUGUAACAGAAGUUUUAGUCUAAUAUCUACUCUCAGAAUACACAUGAGAACUCAUACAGGAGAGAAGCCUUUUACGUGUAAAGAAUGUGACAGAAGCUUUAGUCGAAUAUCUAAUCUCAAAACACACAUGAGAACUCAUACUGGAGAGAAGCCUUUUACGUGUAAAGAAUGUGAUAUGGGUUUUUGUCAACUAUAUCAUCUUAAAUCACACAUUAGAACUCACACAGGAGAAAAGCCCUUUUCCCUGUAAAGAGUGUCCAAAACAUUUUAGUCGUAUGCAUAGUCUCAUAAGACACAUGAGAACUCAUUCAAUGAAGUUAAAAUUUGCUACUUAAAAAAACAAAGGGAAAUUUACAGCAGGCAUCAGGAAGAGAAGAAAGUACGUUUAUAUAGAAAAUUUGAAAUUUUGUUAAAUUAUUCUAUUCCUUUUUUAAAAGAAAGAAUGGGUGCACUAAAGAUUUUAAAUAUGUAACCCAUUUUUUUGGUGAUGUUAUUUAAGAGUUUAUGAAACCCCCAGGUUUUCCUUCUCAGAAAAUUAGAAUUUAAAACAUAAAUAAAUGUUCAAAACUCCAGAGGGCCCACGCAAAUCUGCUAAAUAACUCCCA